UAGUUACUCACAAUAGAAAAUGGGAGUGUUUAUUAAAGUGGGCGGGAGAUAUGCAAAUAAAAGGGCGUGUCUCACGGCAACAUGACCAAAUGAGGCGGAUUUUUGCAGCGCAGUUAGCAACAAUAAAGGAUGACGUUCUUGCUUACAGAUCAGAGGGCGGGGUGUUGUCUGUAGUCGGAGGUAUCAUGCAAGAAACAUUGCCGGAGCGAGAAAGAUGUACGCGUGCGAAUAGGAGCAGCGCUCCAAGUAGACUACGGCGAGAGAGGUCACCGUUUCGUUCCAGCUCUCACGCGGUUUCCCAAGGUCCCUGAUAUCUGAUUUCUCUCGUAAUGUCGAGUGGGGACAUUGGUGUGCUUCGCCAAGAGGCCGGGCAGGACAGCCCGAGGAUGCCGGCCUGGAAACGGGAGAUCCUUGAGCGGAGGAAAGCGAAAGGCGGCGGGUCUGGGGCAGGUGUCGACUCCGUAUCAUCUCGGGUUAAUGGUGAGGUAACAGGGAAUAGCGGCUCCAAAAGUAAGGAUGAUGUUACCAAUGUUAAUUCUAACAGGACCUAUACCAUUAUGCCUGCCAGCCAGCACUUUGCUGGAAAGCGUUCAGUUACCCCGACAUCCCCGGAUAUGUCACCAGUGAAAACAAAAGACCCCUGGUCGGCCAUGGACCCUAACGACAGAACAACAUCAAUGGAGAAUACGGCAAGGGACAACGGAGCGCAGGAGAGCCUUGUUCUACAAGAGAGCUUGGGUCCGCUGCAGGAAAACCCCUUCAUCAAACUGGAAAAAGAGCGCAAAAAGCGACAGGAGCGAGAACAUGCAGCUCGUCCGGUGCAGCACAUUUUAGAAUUAUAUGGUAGCGUUCCUGGAAUACGGACUAUCCGCGCCGAGAACAUUAUCAUUAUCGAAUCCGACCACGAAUACUUCCCGGAAGGCGGUGGGUUAAAGCAUGCUUCAAACCUGCUGCAUAACGGAAUUGUUGGAGGAUACAGCUCUCUCAAUGACCUAUUAGACCGGAGAGGUAGCCCGGUUACUGAGAUACGUGCGAAAGAAGUGGUCGUUUAUGAUACUGUGCUUAGUAAAAGCGAAGAAAAUUUGAGCACGUUGGGUCGUCCGGUUUCUGAGCUCGCUGACCUGGGGGAAGGACAUGGCAGGGUGAGUCGUAUGCUACAGAAAUUUGACAGGAAUUAUGGCAAAUUGCAAGGGAAAUCUCGUAGCUCAGAAAACCUUCUAGACUUGGACUCUAGUCCUGUCAGGUCAAGUCCCAGACAGAAACCUCAGUCAGAUGUGGUGCCAAAAUGUGCGUCAUGCCCACAGCCUGGCUCUCCUGUUCACAUUCCGCAUAGCCAACCAGCACUGGUCUUCCAGAAUAACCAGUCUUCGAAAACAAAACCGCCUGACUCUCCUAGCGAGUUGGCCAGUAGCAGCCCUAUUUCUGGAUCUCCCCAGUUAGUCUCUUCCUUCCGACGCCGUUUUGAGGUAAGUGGGGGCUGCGGUGUGACUGUUAAUCCCAAAGAGGAGGCAGAGAGAUCCUCAACCAAGCCCGUGAGAGAGAGAGACUGGGACAACACCGAUGGAGCUUCCAAAGCCAAGGUGCCAUGCUCUCCAGAGAGCCACCAUGCGUGUGCCGAAAAUUCGAUGAGCCCCACCUCUCCCCCCUUGUCACCCAGCUUUGAUAUCCGUCCCUCCCCUCGGCCGGAUUUGUCCGCUCUUCCUGCCGGUGACCUCCAGGCCCGUGCCCUUGCCAACCUCCGCUUGCAGUCCCGCAACUCCUUCACGGUUGUCCCCAAGCGGCAUGGAGCCACUUCAUCACUUGGCAGCACAGCACCAUCUAUUUCUGUCCUGCCGCCUGCUUCCCCGCACCCAACGGCGGGCGUGCCUUCUCCAUCGACCUCAGUGCCAACUCCUGCCACACCCACUCAGCUCAAGGAAAAGGUAGCAGAGACCCCUACUCCACCAGUGCCAGCCAAAACGGAACCUUCGGCUGAGCCCAGCCCAGCUGUCCCAACCUGUGAUCCCUCAGCCCCAUCGCCUGAUCCACUCACCAAAUCACCCUCAUCCCCUGAGCCUGAACCCUCUGCCGAGAAACUGCCCAUCACUAACAUUGACGAUGUUGUGGUGGAUCCUGUGCCGCCCUACCCCAGCCCUGUGGUACAGAGAAGGAAGGGGAACACUUUUACGGUCAUCCCAAAGCACAGGUCUGAGCCCCAGCCUGGCUCGCCCGAGGCCCAGGAACCUGCUGUAGAGGGCCAGGACUCGCCCUCCACCCCGCAGGCCUCUUGCGCCCAGCUGGGCACCCUGCUAAAGAAGCGCUAUCCUGCUGUGGAAGAAAUAGAGGUGAUCGGGGGCUACCUCUCCCUGGGACGCUCUUGUCUGUCUAAGACCGGCUCCAUUGGAAAGAAGCUGAAGAUCUCCUUCAAUGAGUCCAGCCUGCAGAGCACCUUCGAGUACCCAUCUGAGAGCAGCAUUUGGGACAGUGGAGAGGAGGAGGAAGAGGGAGGAAGAGAAGGAGAAGGAGAGGCAGAAGGAGGGAUCGGCAUGGAAAAGAUCCAUAUUCCCCGGCCCAGCUACACUUCCAGCCCCACCACACCUCCCACCUCCAGCAGCACUGAUCUGUCUAGCUAUACUCCAAAGCACUCUGUGGAAUUCACUGCCUGGCAGGAACACAAGCUUGAUGGCGCUUCACACCUGGGGGAUGCCAAUUCCCAGAGAACCAACAUGUCGGAGGAAGUCAUGUUGACGCCUGCAGACAGCUCCUCGCUCUCAGACUUCAGCAGUGAACCAGCUCUCUACUUCUGAACUUCCCAAGAAACUGAAGUCCAUGGGACCAACCACCAGCCUUGACAGACCACACACACACACACACACACACACACACACACACACACACACACACACACACACAGAGGAGAGGAACCAGUAGCAACCACCUGAAUGGGUGAACAGCUUAACUCCAGUCUUUCCAUUCUGUCUGUGGAGUCACCAAAGAGCUCAAGUAGCUGUCUCCACAUGCUUUAAAAUGAGCCAGAACUAACUGUGGGUGAGCCAUCUGAAAUGGUAAAAUAUGCCGGACUAUAAAAUUGUGUUUUAAAGUCUUGGAUGUAGCUAUUUUGGUUUUCUCUCUCUGUUACAUUCAGUGUAAUGUUGCUCACCUCAUGAAAGUGACCAAAUUCCAUAAACAGGGUCACAGAAUGUAUGAAAUGGGACUCUCAGUAAAUAGAGAGAAUGACAAUGCAAGACAUAUUGAAGACAUAACUAGUGAAAGGGUGCCACAAUUCUUGUCCUUGUGUGGUUUUUUUUUUUGGUUUUUUUUGUAUUUGCAUGUAUAUCCACAAGGCUCCCAAAUGAUAUACUUUACCACUUUCAUAUGUUUAAUGUCUCCUCAUUGACUCUGUUGUGUCCCACAUGGUGGACAACCUUGUCCAUGGUUACAAAUGAUAAACAUUUGUACUGUAUUCAAAUUAUUGUUUCAGAACCAAACAUUCCAGCAUUUGAAUAGCUCUUAAAGGAACACUCCAGCAUAUUUAAGUCGAUUUCUAUCUAAUCUAAUCUGUCUACUUAGAAAAGAACAACAAAAAAAGAUUUGACUCAAAGCACACUUACAAUAGAAGCCUAAAGGCAGUUGAGAAAUCCUUGCAAUAACUGUCCUUAGGUUUCCAGCAUGUUUUAAGUCAUACAGAAGAUACCAACCAGAUGCUACAGAUUCAGUAACUAGAUAGGUCAAUUUUAAAAACACUGGAAUAUUCCUUUUAAGAAUUUUUUUUAAGUGAAUAUUGACAAUAAUACUGUUUUUAAUGUACCAUCUGACUCAUAUUGACAUUAACACUACAUAAUCAGGCCUGCUGUACAUUCAUGACACUGUCAUGAACAAUAGUAAUAUGUUAUCAGUGCUCUUACACCAAAUUGAACACCACAGUAUUUUUUAAUCUAUGCCAACUGAAAUACAGAUUUGUUCUGGCGUUUAAAGGUUGUAAGUGUAUAAUGUUGACAAUAGAAUAGUGAUAGUGUUAGAAACAACAUAGCAGGUCAUUUUAAGUAGUGUCUUUUUUUUAAUUGGACUAAACUGUCAGUUGAUGGCUUGUUUGUCUUGUUUGUGAUGGGCGUGUGACCAGCUGGAAUUCAAAUUCGUUCACAUUCCAGCAGCUACAGAAAUGAAUGGUUAAUUUUAGCCAUGAAUGGGACAUUUAUUAAUGAGACAAUGUAUGUGUAUGUAAGGACAAGAUUGACUACACACAAUGCCAACUGAAACCAAUAUAUGUGUGUGUUUCAUGUCGGUUAAUUGCAGUGUCACAACUUUUCAUAUCAUUGGUCUAGAUGUGCUUCUUUGACCAGUACUGAUAUAUAGUUCCUACAUCUUGGAUGUUUUUCAUAAUUUAUUGCAUUAAUAGAUAAUACCUUUGGCUUGAUUCUUUCAAUAUCUUCACAGGAGUUUUAUUUGGAUGUCUUGCAAGUUAACUGUAGUGCUAACUUCUUUUUCAAACUGUCUCCAAUCUUACUCUAAUGGUUUUUCCAUUUUUUUCCCCCCCAGUUGCACUGUAAACAUUUUUUUAAACCUUUUUUUUGCUUUAUCUUGCACUUCAUGUAAUCAUGCUUGAAAGUUGUGGGCUUCAUGUGAGAUGAUUGAAAAAGUUUUCAGUAAUCUAAUGAACAAACUGAUGACUUUUAGGGAAUCACAACUGCAGCUGAAAUUUUCAUACUGACCUGUCCCAGUAUGGAAAGGACAUUGCAGGUACAGUUAAUCACUUUAAAUGGCUCGGUUUUUCCAUAGUACACAGGUUCCUUACCCAGCUUGCCAUAGCACAUAGCUAUUUUGCACUGAUAUUUAAUCCCACCCACAUCAAGCCUUGAUAGCCUUUGACUAUCAAGGUAAUAGGAGUUCACAUUUCCAAGAAGGAAACAGGUAGCUCAUAUAGUGUAAGUUAAAACCUUUCAUUUCUUGUCUUUUCUGUUGCCAGCAUCCAGCAGAAUUAUGUAUACAAGUUGUAUUUGUCAUUGAUCUCGGAGAAGAAGAAACCUGUUAAAAACCUGCAAAUUAAAAAGGUUCAAUAAACCGAGGCAGUUAUGAGA